AUGGCCGAAAACGAAAGGACCAAGGCUUCUGCGUGGGAUGAUGACGAUGCGCCGGCGCCUUCGAGACGUGUGCUAGGAGUUUUCAAGGACCCGGAGCCCGGCUUCUCGGCAACAGUGAUAUCGAUCUUUGCAAAUUUCGCAAUGACGAAUAUGUAUGGCGUUUCGGGCAAUGGUAAACUCGCCUACCUGGCCUCCGUUUUCACAGUGCCGUUUUCUGUUUAUAGUUGUGUUAAGGAUCAAGCUAAAGACUACGAAAAGUGGAAGGAAUUGAGCGUUCUACGGCAACGAGGGACCCCUGAUAGAUUUAUGCCCUACAAGUGCAAAUACGACUGGACAGAAUAUGAGAGACGGGAACGCGACAAGCUCAUCGGACCAGCGAAA